UUCGACGUUUUGAUCAUUCGACAAAUUGACGAUUCGAUAUUUUGAACAUUCGACGUUUUUAGCAUUCGAUGUUUUUAGCAUUCGACCAGUUAACGAUUCGACUACUUGGUAUUCGACCAUUUGAACAUUCGACCAUUUGUCGUUUAGGGGAAAAUCAUGCGUCUCCAUUUUGCACAUAUUGUGGACUCUCCAUAAGACUCCACCCUAAUCAUCUGUUAUAAACAAGUUGUAAAGUACAAUGAACUUUUUUGAACAUUUUGACAUAUAUAAAAGAUAAAGAAAUUGAUUUUUUUCUUAAUUUUUUACCUGAAAUGGCGUAUUCAUUUUUGUAUUACAAUGGCACAAUGGAAUCAGAAUAUUUAGAAAUUAUGGACAAAAGAAAAAAUGCGAGUCGUUUUUCUCGAGAAAAAAAUCCUCUAGAACAAGCACUGCAGUUUGGUUCGAUUGUCGAAAUUGAAGACAUACUUUGUGAACAACAUCAAGCAACAUUAUCGCCAAAAAAUGAUUGGGCGAAAAGAUGUAGACAAAUUAUAAAUAUUUGUUUGGAGAAAAAACUUAACGUUAACGUGGAAGAAACAAAUUAUUGUGCCUUAUUACAUUUUGUGAUGAAGCAUCUCGACGAAGAUUUUGAAUCAGUUAUCAAAAAAUGCGAAAAGUUUGAUAUAAAUGCUUGUAAUUAUCUACAUAAUAACUACGAGACAAAGUCUUUACUGCAUUUUGCGAUAAAAGUAAGAAAACAGAAUGUAGUGAAAGUUUUAAUAGAAUUUGGUGCAAAGGUUGAUGUAAGAGACGGCAAUAAACAAACACCUUUAUUUCACGCCGUUCAAACUAAACAAACAGAAAUAGCAGAAAUGCUUCUAAAAGCGGGAGCGAAUGUUAACGCGGAAGAUUCUAAUAAUAUGAUGCCAAUUAAUUAUGCUUUUGGCGAAAGAGAUGAUACUAGUAGUAAUGAAAAAUACAAACCCUCGAAGUUGGUAACGCUCUUGUGUUCGUAUGGAGCUGAGUUAAAUUUCAAAAAUUGUGGUGGCGGAAAUACAUUGGUUGCUGCUUGCGAAAUUGGAAAUUUCAAAGAAAUAGAAUUUUUAAUUGAACAUGGAGCUAACUUAUUCACCUGUGAUGAUGACUAUAAAUCGGCAUUAGAAGUUGCAGCCGUAAAAUAUAAUUACAGUCUUGUCGAUUUUCUAUUAUGUAGAGGUGGAAAUAAUUAUAAAUACGAGUGGGGACUUGUUAUUCGUCACCUGUCACAAACUGUAGACAACAUUAGAGAGGCGUUUUAUCAUAAUAGAGACGAUUCCUAUGAAGCUAUUAGUAUAGAUUGGAAUUUAGAUUUUAUAGGUGACGAAGUGAAAAAAGCGGCAGAGAUGAUAGAAUUUUUAGCUGAUAAUGGCGCAGAAUUAAAUACUUUGGAUGAUGGAAACAUUACUCCUCUAAUGAUAAGCGUUCGUUAUAAUGCUCUUGAAAUUACCGAAUGCCUUUUGGAAUUAAACGCCAUAAUUUACGAUAGUGAAGAUUAUCCGAUUUAUGACAGUUUCAGCCGUCACAUAAAUACAGAAUUUCAUUCUGAUAAAAUUACUACGUGGAAACUAUUAACAGCAUUUUUAGCACUUAAAAAUUACGAUAUUGAAAGCUAUAGUUGUUCAAGAUAUAUAAAUUUUGAUUCGAUCUUUUCCAUUUAUGAAAAGUGCGAAGAAGAAGUUAUUAAAAUGCGAGGAAAAAAAAUAUGGGCUGAUCGAAAAGUUUCAUUCUUCGACUUUCUAAAUGAAGGUUUGUUGAAGGUGACAAAAUAUUUCAGAAAUUGUGAUGUAAUGUCUGUUUUGAAAUCUGACAAAUAUGACGAAUUUCCAGGUUACAAAUAUUUGUUUGAGAAGCGGAUACAGAGAGUUGAGAAAAUGAAAAAUUGUCAGAAUGUCUUUAUACGUUUUCUGAAAGAGUUUUUUAAGAGAAAUUUACCAAGUGUAGUAAUUCAUGAAGUAAUGAGUUACUUGACUGCUGGGGAUUUUCGCAACUUUGGAAGAGCAUUCUGUAUAACAGAAAAAUCACCGAAUGGAAAAUAUUCCAUUUAAAUAGUUUAUUGUUUAUGAAAAACAAUUUCAUACAUUACAACAAAACAUUCACGUUAAGAAAAAGUAUUGUUGACAAUAUUUUUCUAAUUUUUUAUAAUUACUACUUUCAUUAUUUUUGUACUAUUGGAAAUUUUUUGUUAUUUUGAUAAUAAAAUUAUAUU